AUGUCUGAAGAGGAUGCCACACCAUCACAACCUCCUCCUACUCCUCAGCACCCGAAUCAUAUCGCAGAUACACGUCCGCGGAAGAAGAAAGCGCGGACUCUCCGCGAGACCGACUGGGAGCCAUACAAAGACAGGAUCAUACAGCUUCAUCAUGUCGAAAAGCGACCGCUACCGGAAGUCAGGAUCUUGAUCGAACAAGAGUUGGGUUUCAUCGCUGAGUCUCGUCUUACACAAUGGAAGCUUGACAAGAACAUCAAGCCAGAGGAAAUGAGAGCAAUAGUCAGACAUCGCCAAAGGCGAGAACUCGUUGAGACAGACAAGAGCAGUCUCAUGUUCCGCGUCAGAGGUCAAGAAGUCGAACCUCAAAAGAUCGAAAGGUGGAUGAAGAGACACAACGCUAUAGAAAGCAUGACAUCUGCUUUCAGCCCCGUCCCACGUGAGUUGCCUUGGACAUGCGAUGAUAAAGAAUGA